GAAAAACUGCUUGCAAGUAUCAUCUCCAGCUAAGAGAUUUUUCAUUUUAAAGCUUAGGAAAAAACACUGGAGAAUCAUGAAAAUCACAUUUUUCUUUGCUGCAUUGUUCUUACUGGAUUUCUUCACUUUCAUUCCUGCUAAUCUGCAAUAUCCCUUGCCUGACAUAGAAGAUGCAAAGUUCAUUGAAGAUUGUGUGAGAACUCACAACACAUUUCGAUCCAAAGUGAAUCCACCAGCCAGCAAUAUGUUUCGCAUGUCCUGGGAUGCUGCUUUAGCUAAGAGUGCCAAAGCAUGGGCAAAGAAGUGCAAGUUUAACCAUAAUAUACACCUUGACAUGCCAGGAAAAAUGCAUCCCACCUUCCCAUUUGUUGGAGAAAACAUCUGGACUGGUACAGACCGCAUCUUCUCUGUGGAUGCAGCUCUCAGGUCCUGGUUUAAUGAAGUCAGCAGCUAUGAUUUCAGCACAAAUACAUGUAGUGACAAGUGUGGUCACUACACUCAGGUUAUCUGGGCAGAGAGCUACAAAGUUGGCUGCGCAGUUCACUUCUGCAAUACAGUUGAAAAUUUUCCAGGACUGUUCAAAGCAGCACAUUUUGUUUGUAACUAUGGGCCAGCGGGGAAUUACCCAAGAAAACCAUAUAAAGAAGGACAGCCAUGCAGUAGAUGCAGUAAUGACAAGUGUGUAGACAAGCUCUGUGAAAAUGCGAAACGUGAGAAGCUGAUAAGUUAUGCCAACUGGUAUCCCGACUGGGAUACACAGCCCCAGCCACCACGGCCCCGGCCCCCCAGGCCUCCUGUGCCAUCAGACGUCCCACCUGCUGAGCAUCCACAGCCUUCUUGUGACCAAUACUGCCUUAGUGUUUUAAUUUUAAGGCCACUGUUUCUCGUAUUGAGUGCUGGUGCUGUACUUCUAGUACAACAGAAAUUUCCACACAUGUUUUUUUAUAAGUAAUGAUCAAUUAAGAUACUGAUUGUGAUCCUACCGCUGUAUUACUCUCACAUAAUUGGCACACAUUUAAAAAAAACAUUUGGUCAUCUCUCAUUAUCCAGCAUAGGAAAGGCUUCUUCACUCCAGGCAAGAUAUAAGUGGCUAUGCAUAGAGGUAGUAUAAUUUAUUGGAAGUAGCUGAAACAUGCUCCUAUGUCUGUACAAGCCUCUUAGCUCUAGGGGUAGGUUGCUAGAGGGACCACAGAAACUAGAUAUUAUUCCAUGCGCUAACAAUCCUUCUGGAAGCCUGGGGCAUCACAAAGACAUGUCUGAAGUGGCACACUUUAUCCAAAAGAAGCAAUAAUUCAUCUUCAUUAACCUUCAGUUAUCCCAGAUGCAAUUUCCCCCAGAUAAUGGAGAUUUAACUGUAUAUAUUACUUUUUGUGAACAGGAAUAAA